UAAAGUUGGUUGUCAACCACCAUUUGGAAACCACUGAAGAAGAAUCGUAAACGGAAGGGAACAGUAACAAUUUUCAAGUUAGCGUUUUUUGUUGUUAUUUAGACGUUUAUUAACACCCUGGAACUCAAUAUGCCCCAUUGAACUCCACAGCAUCGCCUACUUACCCCAUAUAGUGUUUAAUUCGCGUUUGAAACAGGACUUGGUUGAUAGAUGUUAUCUAGGUAACGCGGACGUUGACUAGCUAGCUGCUAACAAUGGCUAACUGUAUGGUUUUUCACACUCAAAUAGCCUCCAUCAUGGAGGUGUUAGCGAAUGCAGCCGUGGCAGAAGUCUGUAAACUCGUAGACGACGACUAUGCAGUGUUUCGUUUGGAAAUAACUCAAAGCCAGAAAGAAAACAGGUCAUUGCGGAGGAAACUACAGCUACUGGAACUGAAGGUGGCACGGGACCGCGUCCUCACCAGUCGCCCCAGUAGUGUCAAGAUCCUCGACCGGUGCAGAGGAAUGACAAGCGGUGAAGGACAUCUUACUGGAGGCCACGGGAGCUUUGUGAAGCCAGCAGGACACAAUACAUGGAGAGAUGACCAACCAAUCACUGUUGAGGAGGGGAGUGGAACCUCAACCCAGCACGUUAUUGUGAUAGAGUCAGCAGAUGCAGAGGCUGCAAGUUCUGGGGUCAAGCAGGAGAGGUCUGUAGGAGAGGAGGACCCAAGACACAGAAAAGACAUCCAGACUGGAGUGUCUGGAAAGCACCUUGUAGCCACCAAGGACCUUGCCACCACCACUGUGCCCCAGGCCUGGACCCAACCCAGCAUCACAGAGGAGGAUGAGGAGGUACUGCUGGUGAAGGAGGAGGGCCUGGGGAACCCUGAGGAGACCAUGGUCAUGGAGGACAACCAGACUACACCACCUCCUGAACCCACAGAGGAACCAGCUGAGCAGCACAGGACCACACACAGUCUCACUGAGUCAGUAGACAUGGAGAAUGGGAAGCCUGAUCUGUUGAUAGUCAAAGUGGAGACAAUAGAAGACGAACCAGAGAGCAUUGAUCUGCUGAGUGGACUAAAAAUGGGGGAGCAAGGUGGUUGGCUGGAGCCUAACAAGGGAGACUGGGCAGCCAUCUUGGAAUCCCAGACGGGCACAGCCAAGGGCCCAGGGGACCAUAUCACUGAGCAGGGCGAGAUAGUGGAGUCUGCAGUCCAUGAGGACCUGCUGAUGUCCGGUGUUGCUGACGGGAGAGACUGGACCUCUGUAGCGGCUGGUCACAAACCCUGGCCCCGGAUAAGGACCCUGGAUCAGGAGCUGUCACUGUUCCUUCCCGAGUCGCAACUAGGACCAAACCAAGAGGGACAGAGACUCCACCACCACACAGAACACAACCAGUGGACAGGUGGACUGAAUAACCUCAGUCCUGGUGGUCAUCAGAGAGACAGAGGCUCCAGUCAGGGAUCCAGUCUGCAGCCCAGACCCUUCUCUUCACAGUCUCAGUGCAGGGAUGAAGCAGGGCCUGGGGCUGAUAGAGAUAGACCCUCCUGUUCCUAUGAUACAAACACCACAGUAUCCAUGAUGAACAGAGCAGGUCACCCUGGGCGUCAGCCUUCACAGAGCGUGGUGGGAGACCCCCCUGGUGGUGGUCUUUCAGGAAGUCUGUCUUCAGGGUCUCGUCUAAUGCCUGGUGACUGGGUUCAUAGAAAGCCUGGGUCUAGCCUUCCUCAGCUACCUCAUGGUUACCCCACAAAUACAGACAGGGUCAGGAUGGACGUUCACCACGAGAAGUACCUAGCCUAUAACACAGCACACAAUCCCAACAACAUUCAAACAAUGGCUAGAGGUCAAGGAGGGAGCUCAAAGACUAACCACCUGAGGGUGGUGGCUCCUGCUUCUACCGCCUCUGGUGUCAUUGGGUCACAACGUGGGAGGCCGAGCAUUAGGACGGACGCCGACAAGCCGUACGCCUGCCUCACCUGUGGGAAGCGUUUCGCUGAGGCAAACUAUGUGAAGAAGCACCAGACUGUUCACACCAAGGAGAGGCCCUUUAAGUGUAAGCUGUGUUACAAGAGCUUCUCCUUCCAGAAUAACCUUAUCAGACACAGGAGUGUCCACAAUGGGAAGAAAUCAUAGAAGUGUAUGAGUUUUACGCAGGGGAUAUCUGGGAACCAUUGUUUAGCUGACAUACACUACAUGACCGGUAUGUGGACACCCCUUCAAAUUGGUGACAGGUGUUUACAAUCGAGCACACAGGACAUGCAAUCUCCAAAGACAAAUAUUGGCAGUAGAAUGGCCCAUACUGAAGAUUUGUGACCUUCAACAUGGCACCAUCAUAGGAUGCCUCGGUUCCAAGAAGUCAGUUCAUCACGUUUCUGCCCAUUUAGAGCUGCCUCGGUCAACUGUAAGUGCUGUGAUUGUGAAGUGGAAAUGUCUAGGAGCAUCAACAACACAGCCACGAAGUAGUAGGCCACACAAGCUCACAGAACGGGACUGGCGAGUGCUGAAGAUCGUAGCUCAUAAAAAUUGUCUGUCCUCUGUUGCAACACUCACUACCGAGUUCCAGACUGCCUCUGGAAGGAAGAACGUCGGGAGCUUCAUGAUAUGGGUUUCCAUGGCUGAGCAGCUGCACAC